GACACGCUUUUAUAACAGAGAAAACUGGCUGCAGUUGUGAGGCCUCAUCAUCGUCUGUUUUGACGCAAAAUGGGGUGACAAGCAGAAAUGCGCGCGCAGCUGGUCGGCGGGAAUCUCAAUGAGUGACGGGUCAUGUGGACUUUGUUCGCCACACAACUAGUGUCUCUCUUUUUGAGUUCAGUCUGUUGACGGUACGUGUACGUGUAGGUAGCAUGGAGCGGACCUUCUUGGAAAAUGUGUUUCUUUUCAGCCUCAAUAUGGCCGGCUGGUUAUGGGGAGUAGUUAGUUUUUUGCCGUGGUACUACCUAGUGGGAAGGAAGCAGUAUCGACCUCGCAAUAAAGUUCAAGCGAGGCCUGUGAGUCAACUUCCAGGAGCCCCUUAUCGCUGUGUGGAACAUUUCGAUUCAUUAGUGACAACGCUGUACGAUGGUGUCACAACGUUGGAUCAACUAUUUAAGCGAGCUGUGAACUUGUACCCAUAUAGAAAAUGUCUAGGGACGCGCGAAGUUCUCAGGGAGGAAGAUGAAAUGCAACCCAAUGGCAGAGUGUUUAAGAAACUUAUUUGUGGGGAGUACAACUGGUUGACAUAUGCCGAGGUAGAUGCCAGAGCAAGAGCCUUUGGAAGAGGAUUGGCUGCUCUAGGACAGCAGCUCAAAGAGAACAUUGCAAUAAUCUCUGAAACAAAAGCUGAGUGGAUAAUAGCAGCACAGGGAUGUUUUGCUCAAAAUUUUCCAAUUGUUACAGUUUACACCACUCUGGGAGAUGAAGCCCUUGUUCAUGCCAUCAACGAAUCAGAAGUCCGAUUUAUUAUCACCGAUAGCUCUUUGCUCAGCAAGCUUUCUGCUCUGAUUGACAGACUACCGAAAGUUGAACACAUUGUGUACUUAGGAAAUGUUGCAAAGAAAUCAGCAUUGCUAGGCUUUUCAAGGAGAAUAAAAGUCCAUUCCAUGAGUGAAAUUGAAGAGAUCGGUGAAUCACAAAUUAACCGUAAGCUCUUGUUUUAUCUUGCCUUUGAUUUAGAUUGGUUAGUAAGAGGUUAGCAACUUUUCCCCCCA